AUGAUGGAUAUCAGUCCCACUUGUUUUGGGUAUAUCGACGACGAGGACGAUCUGGCCCUUGUUUUCCAGGGCGUAUUCGAUGGUAAUUUGAGAUGUAUCGAACGAAGGCCAUAUGAAGCAGAAAAGGUUGAAUUGGUCAGCUCAGGAAACAUUUUUGUUUUCAACGAGGAGAGAUCUGGCAUCAAAAGAUGGACCGAUGGUUUUUCUUGGUCUCCUUCUAGAAUUUCAGGCAAAUUUCUCGUAUAUAGAGAGUAUAACAGGCUUGGUUCCACGCAGGAUCCAGUAUUGCAUAACAUCCUUGAAUACAACAUCUUCGAGAGAGCUCAUAGGAAAUACUUUUACACUGGACUACUAAAAAAAACAUUCUCUUUAAAGUUCAAUACGGAUCCCACCGACAGCACUAAGUUGGAAACAUUUCAUCUUAUUGCUUACUAUACGGAAAAGGAUAUUCGCCAAGGAAGUUUGAAAAGGCCUUCAGAAAAUCCAUUCUUCAAUAAAUUUCGACCUUCACAGAAACUAUCAGAAGCUCUACAAAAAGUGGCUGUGGGAAAUGGCAGAUCUAACCCAUCUAAAAAUAAUGAAAGAGGCAGAACUAAAGCUCAUAACUCGAAAAUGUGCCGAUCGCUGUCAUCUUCCUCGAGCUAUUGUGAUCUCUUGAAAUAUUGUAACACUCCCGGAAAUGUUCCAGUUAGGUCAUCUCUUUCUGAUAGUAGGACUAUGGUUCAGAUCCCUUUAAACACUUUAAACAUCACUCCAGGGGAAAUGCACCAACAACAGCACCAACAACAGCAGCAAUAUCUCUUACCCAUAGAUCAAAAGAAUCAGUUACCUCUCCCGUACGUACAGCACCAGCCACAACCAAUAGGAAUUUACAAUCCUAAUUAUCAGCCUGGAUUGAGACGCACGGUUUCACAACCAAUGAUAUUUUGCAAUACCUACAAUACUCUCUCCCGACAACAUACUGCAGCAUCUUAUGAAGGAUGUGGUGUGACACCUCCACUGGUAUAUUCCUCUAAUACAUUGAACGCACUACCAUACCAAAAUCUCGAUCCAUAUUGUUCAAGACCGGGUCCUGAAUGCAAUCGUUCUCAGGCCCCUAUCGCCUCAACGAUGAUACACCCAGUACGUCCUAUAUUAGUGCAUGAUUAUCGACAAGGAAAACCAAUCGCGAGUUCCAUGAAGCCUCCAAAUGUAAACAUAACCACCUCAACCAACAAAAACUUGGAUGGAAUUUAUAUUUUACCAGCACCUCGUAUGAAUCUCCCGCCUCAAACACAAUACCAAAUGAUCCAUACACCAGAUAGCGUGCAGCAUGGAUCUACAUUUAGUGAAAACAAUACAUCAAGCGAUCAAAAAUCCCAUAAGUACCCAAAAUAA